AUACCCACAGGAAGAAGAGGAGGAAAAGGCCAGGGAGGCCAGCCCAGAGUCGGGGAGGCAGUGUCAGGUUUCAAUUCCAUGCCAGCCAUUCAGGGAGCAGUGAUGUCGGGGCCCAGCCUAGGACUCCUGGUCUGCAUCCUGUGCAGUGCGGUCAGAGCCUAUCCCAAUGCCUCCCCACUGCUCAGCUCCAGCUUGGGCGGCCUGAUCCACCUGUACACGGCCACAGCCAGGAACAGCUUCCACCUGCAGAUCCACAAGGACGGCCAUGUGGAUGGCACGCCCCAUCAGACCAUCUACAGUGCCCUAAUGAUCAGAUCAGAGGAUGCUGGCUUUGUGGUGAUAACAGGGGUGAUGAGUAGGAGGUACCUCUGCAUGGACUUCAGAGGCAACAUUUUUGGAUCACAUCACUUCAGCCCCGAGAGCUGCAAGUUCCACCAGCGCACGCUGGAGAACGGCUACGACGUGUACCUCUCGCCCCAGCACCGCUUCCUUGUCAGCCUGGGCCGGGCGAAGAGGGUCUUCCUGCCGGGCACCAACCCCCCGCCCUACUCCCAGUUCCUGUCCCGGAGGAACGAGAUCCCCCUGUUCCACUUCAACACCCCCCGGCCGCGGCGGCACACGCGCAGCGCCGAGGACGACGACUCGGAGCCCGACCCGCUGAACGUGCUGAAGCCCCGGCCCCGGAUGACCCCCGCCCCGGCCUCCUGCUCCCAGGAGCUCCAGAGCGCCGAGGACAACAGCCUGGUGGCCAGCGACCCCUUAGGGGUGCUCAGAGGCAGCAGGGGAAACGCACACAGUGGGGGGCUGGGGGUGGUGAGGUGCCGCCCCUUCCCCAAGUUUAUCUAGGGGCAUCAGAAACCAAUCCUUUUCCACCACCUUUCAGAAAAGUAAACUAUUUUUAAAGGGACCAGCUCCCUUUACACGCCAAGGAAGGGAAGGUGGGUUGAUGUGUGGAGUUAGCUGCUUCUGUCCGUUUCCUUCCGCAGGAAAGCCCCUGAGAAUCUGCCUUUGAGGCUGAGAAAUGAGUUUCGCCUCCUUCCUGUCCCCACCUACACCACCUUUCUGAACUGAGAAGCCCCCAUAGGUAAACUAGACCUCAUUUCCCUUCACUAAGGAAGGGAGGAGGGAUUUCCCUCCCUUAUUUCCUUUCCGUAUGCCUCUCUUCUUAAUCCGUCUAGCACUAAAAACUGCAAUGGCUUAGCGCACCACUUUGAAGGUGAAGGAGAAGCCAAUGCCAGCAGCUUCUCCACUGUCCUUGCAUUUGUUACCUUGGCCCUGGUGACAUUUGAGUGUGCGACCUUGACCUGGGGCAGUAACAGCUGGCUAACCAGGGCACCACAUGGCAGGAGUGAUGCAAAGACCACACUGUCAGCGCUUCACUAUGAUUUCUUCUCCACCCUGCAGCAGGGGCUGGGGGAUUCGUUACAACAUUCCUAGGCCCACAGGUCUGCGUCUUAAUCAACUUGGAAAUCCUGGGGGCAUUAAAUGAAGAGCGCUUUCAGGCCCAGGAGCCCCCAGUACUACCCUGAGGAAAACCAACCCUCACUUGUCAAAUAGCUGAGAAGCACCAGACAGGUGAGACUGUUGCUCAGUCCUCACCCCCGCCUUACCCUGUGACUUAGGGUCUUCACAAGGGGACCCAUUUUCCUACCUCUAUUUGAGCAGGAUAUUAACAAGCAAAGUAGAUUUAAACAAGGAGCUCUCCCCAGUCACCCUUUUUUCCCCCACUGCUACCAUGUAUACAACCUUACAAACUGACCCAUUUCUUUUACUUAGGAGAGAAACAUUAGGCAACUGUGUUCACCUGACGGUUUGAAGCUGAACUUGAAGGACUAGUUCCUAUUCUGAAACACUAAGAUUCUAAUACUAUAUAGCAGUGCUUGGCAAAUAUUUUCUUCAUAUAGUUUUAAUUUCCCGUUAGAGUAUAAUACUGUAUGAAAGCUAUUGGAAGCUCUUCAAUACUGGUAACUAGAUGGAAAGUUCCCAAAGGACUUGGGUGGAAAACUGGUCAUAGCCUAACAAAUUCAGCACCAUUUAUCAGGGGUUUUCUGUUUGGCAGAGCCAAAGUAGGCCCCACAAUUUCCUAUGCCCCUUAGCACAUGGCAAUAUUUAUUUAUUUAUUUGGAAGAUUUUGCCUAUCGCUCUAUAUUUAUAUAUAUUUAUAAAA